AUGAAUCGACAGCUACCACCAGCUGCUGCUGCUGCUGCUGCUGCUGCUGCUGCUGCUGCUGCAGCAGCAGCCACAGAUGCAGCUGCAGCAGCACUGCGGUUCGUCGUGUGGCUGCUUGGCGGUGAUGCUAGCAGCAGCAGCAGCAGCAGCAGCAGCAACAGCAACAGCAGCAGCACCAGCAACUGGGGUGCUGGAGGCUGCUUCGGUUUGCUGCUCGACCCCGCCUGCUCAGAGAUAACAGCAGCUUCCUACUCGCAGCAGCUGCUGCAGCAGGAGCAGCAGCAACUACCGCUGCAGCAGCAGCAACUGCUGCAGCAACAGCAGCAGCAACUACUGCAGCAACAGCAGCAGCAGCGGCUGCAGCAAGAGCAGCAGCAAUUGCUGACACAACAGCAGAAGCAAUCGGUGCAAGAACAGCCGCAGCAACUGCUGCAGCAGGAUUCAUCUGCACGCGAUACACAGCAGCAGCAGAGACAGCAGCAGCAACAGCAGCAGCAGCAGCAGCAACAGCAGCAGCAGCAACUGUCGCUGCAGACGCAGCAGUCUUACACUUCUUCCCCCCCCGAACCAGAGCCAACAAAGUUGCUGCAAGAUUCUGCUGCUGCUGCUGCUGCUGCUGCAGCUGCUGCUGCACCAGCAGCAGCAGCAGCAGAAGCAGCAGCGGCACCCGCGGCAGCAGCUCUCCCACUCACAGAGUCAGGAUCAGUAGGAACAGUAGCAACAGCAGCAGCAGCAGCAACAGCAGCAGCAGCAGCAGCAGCAGCAGAUAUAGACUGGGAGCAGCUGCUGCUGCGAGCCGCCUCUCGACUUGAAAAAAAAGGCGAAGACAGCAACGACGUAAAACCUGCUGCUGCUGCUGCUGCUGCUGCUGCUGCUGCUGCUGCUGCUGUUACUGUUGUCGUUGCUGCUGCUGCUGCUAUCGUUGUUAGUGCUGCUGCCGUUGCUGCUGCUGCUGCUGCUGUUACUGCUAACUGUCCUGAUGCCCUUUACCUGCUGCUCUUGCUGCUGUGA